GUUUCUUUGACUACGUAAAUACCAACUCUCUCUUUCCUCUCUAAUCAUUACUCUCUCUCUCUCUCUUCUAUUUCUUCACAUUAUCAAUAACUAAUCAGACCAUCUUCAUCUUCAUUAUUUCUUCUUCAUCGAUUUCAAUGGCGGGAAAUCCGGCCUCGUCGGAGAUCCAGAUCAGGGUGAAUUCCCGGCGAGGCUACAACGCCGUACAUCCGGUGGAGAUCGACGCAACGACACCUCAACAGCCGUCGUCUGCGGCUCCGAAUCCUGUCGUUUUACGAGAAGUGAAGCAUUUCAAGAAAUGGGUUCCUUGGUUGAUCCCUGUAUUCGUCGUUGCUAAUACCAUUCUGUUCGUUAUCACCAUGUACGUUAAUAAUUGUCCUGAGAAUUCCGAUUCUUGCAUCGCCAAGUUCUUGGGAAGGUUCUCUUUUCAGCCUUUUAAAGAGAACCCUCUUCUUGGUCCCUCUUCCACUUCGUUACAGAAGAUGGGGGCUCUUGAUGUAAGUAAAGUGGUGAAUGAUCACCAGGGAUGGCGCCUCUUAUCUUGCAAUUGGUUACAUGGAGGUGUUUUCCAUAUUUUGGCUAAUAUGUUGAGCCUUUUGGUUAUCGGAAUUCGGCUUGAGCAAGAAUUUGGAUUUGUCCGGAUUGGAUUGCUUUAUGUUAUCUCUGGAUUUGGAGGGAGUCUGUUAUCUGCACUUUUCCUGCAGUCGAAUAUAUCCGUUGGUGCUUCCGGUGCACUUUUUGGGUUACUCGGAGGAAUGCUUUCUGAACUCAUCACCAAUUGGACAAUCUACGAUAGUAAGUUCGCAGCACUUUUCACCCUUGUGGUCAUCAUAGCUAUCAACUUGGGAGUAGGUAUUCUCCCACAUGUGGACAACUUCGCUCAUAUUGGCGGAUUUUUGACGGGCUUCCUUCUUGGGUUUGUGUUUCUGAUACGCCCCCAGUUUGGAUGGGUUAGCCAAAAAUAUGCAUCUCCGGCAUAUAAUUCAGCUACGGUCAAAUCCAAAUUCAAGACAUACCAGUAUAUACUAUGGGUUGUUUCUCUCAUUCUUUUAAUUGUUGGGUUAACCGUCUGGUUGGUCAUGCUACUCCGGGGAAUCGACGCUAAUGAUCAUUGUUCUUGGUGUCACUAUUUGUCUUGUGUCCCCACUUCAAAAUGGAGCUGCAAGACUGAGCCUGCUUACUGCUGGUCGAACCAGAUCGGUGACCAGCUUAACUUGACAUGUUCAAGCAACAACAAAACCAGCACAUACACAGUGUCAAACCCAAGCAGUUCUAGGAUCCAGGGGUUAUGCACACAGCUUUGCAGUUGAUUUAUGCAAUAUGAAUGAAUUAUGGACAUUGGAUAGAGCUGAAUAAUCUAUAGUGUAUAUUGCUUUUGUGUGGCAUGCUGGUGUAUGUUGUCUUUAUAAGGUAUGUUUAUUCCCUCGUUUUUUUUUUUUUUUUUUUUUGUUGUAUUCUUGUAUCAUUCAUUUACGGAGAGUAUUAUUUAUAUAUAUUUGUUUUUGCUAAAUAGCAUUAUUUAUA